GAAUGUAAUGUCUGUAUGAUCCACCGUGUGUGUUGUGUUUCAGAGCUGCAGCAGUUCCAUGGCGUGAGGCGGUUCGAGCUGGAGCGCUCGUGCUGUUUCAGCGCUCUUUUAUUGGAUGAGGAGAGGGGACGGCUGUUCGUGGGCGCACGCAACUUCCUCUUGUCACUCAGCCUGGAUAACAUCGCCAAGCAGGAGCACAAGAUCUACUGGCCAGCCCCGGUGGACUGGAGGGAGGAGUGUAACUGGGCAGGAAAGGACAUCAAUACAGACUGUGUGAACUAUGUGAAGAUAGUGCACCACUACAACCGCACCCACCUAUAUGCCUGUGGAACCGGGGCCUUCCACCCCACCUGCGCCUUCGUAGAGGUGGGACAGAAGAUGGAGGACUAUGUGUUCAGGAUUGACCCGUCCAAGGUGGAGGAUGGGAAAGGGAAGAGUCCAUAUGACCCCCGUCACCCUGCAGCCUCAGUACUGAUAGGCGAUGAGCUGUAUGCGGGUGUGGCCACAGACCUCAUGGGAAGAGACUUCACCAUCUUCCGCAGUCUGGGGGGACGACCGUCCAUCCGCACUGAACAACACGACUCACGCUGGCUCAACGAGCCUAAGUUUGUGGGUUCGUUCUGGGUGCCAGAGAGUGAGAACCCAGACGAUGAUAAGAUCUUCUUCUUCUUCCGGGAGACGGCGGUGGAGGCUCAGGGUCUGGGGAAGUCCACCUACUCCCGUAUUGGACAGCUCUGCAGGAAUGAUAUGGGUGGCCAGCGUAGUCUGGUCAAUAAGUGGACCACCUUCCUGAAGACUCGUCUCAUCUGUUCUGUGCCAGGCAGUGACGGCAGUGACACCUACUUUGAUGAGCUCCGGGACGUAUUCCUGCUGCAGACCAGGGACAGGAAGAACCCUCUGGUCUACACCGUCUUCUCUACCUCUAGCAGUGUAUUCAAGGGAUCAGCCGUGUGUAUCUACACCAUGAAUGACAUCCGCAGGGCCUUCCUGGGGCCCUUCGCCCACAAAGAGGGGCCAAACUAUCAGUGGGUCCCCUUCCAGGGCAAAGUCCCCUACCCACGCCCUGGCAUGUGCCCCAGCAAGACAUUCGGCAGUUUCGAGUCCACCAAGGGUUUCCCUGACGACGUGAUCCAGUUUGCGCGUCACCACCCUCUGAUGUUUAACCCUGUAUACCCCCUGAACCGCCGGCCAGUCUUCCUGAGGACCAACGUAGACUACAGCUUCACCCAGAUCGCUGUGGACCGGGUGGGCGCCGCCGACGGGCAGUAUGAUGUCAUGUUCAUUGGCACAGACAAAGGGACAGUGCUGAAGGUGAUCUCUGUACCUAAAGAGAGCUGGAAGAACAUGGAGGACCUGCUACUGGAAGAGCUAGAGGUGUUCAAGGAUGCCUCAUCCAUCAUUAACAUGCAGAUCUCCUCAAAGCGGCAGCAGCUGUAUGUGGGUUCAGACACGGGUCUGGCCCAGGUUCCUCUGCAUCGCUGCAGUGUCUAUGGGAAGGCCUGUGCUGAGUGCUGCCUGGCCAGAGACCCAUACUGCGCCUGGGACGGCACCUCUUGCACCCGCUACCUUCCCAACACCAAACGGCGUUUCCGUCGUCAGGACGUGAGGAAUGGAGACCCCAACACCCUGUGUUCAGGAGACCACCACAAACACCGCGUGGCAGAAAGGAGGCUGUUUGGGGUGGAGGGGAGCAGUACCUUCCUGGAGUGUAUCCCCAAAUCCCUGCAGGCCAGAGUGACCUGGACCUUCCAGAAACACCCCCACAACCCCAGGGAAGAGCUGCGUCUUGAUGACCGUGUCCUGCACACAGAGCGGGGACUGUUGGUAAGGAGGGUACUGAAACGUGACACGGGCCUCUACCAGUGCCACGCCAUGGAGCACGGCUUCACCCAGACCCUACUGGACAUCACACUGGGGGUAGUACCCUCCUCUUCCUCCUCCCUCUCUCCGCCCGCUGAACCUCUCCUCCGAUUGGAUCCCCGUAGCGGCAGCCCACCCUCCACCAAUCAGAAGAUGUGGUACCGGGACUUCAUGCAGCUGGUGGACCACCCCAAUCUUAGCACCGUGGACCAGAUCUGCGAGCAGGUCUGGGCGCGCAAGAAUACCCAAUCGGAUAAGAGCCUCCCGGCUUCUCCUGCCAAACAGGCCCCGCCCCUUGGCCCUGUGGUCCAGGCCCCUAACAAGAAGUGGAAGCAUCUUCAGGACAUCCGUAAGGGGAGGAACCGCCGAACCCACGACGGGAAGCCCUCCUCACGAGCACCGCGAAGCGCAGGGGAGUAACAACAGACAGAGAGAGGAGAAGGAGAGGGACUGAUACAGAGUUUAGGGAGAGAGGAAAAAAGAGGAGGAAAAGAGAGGGACAGAGACUGAUAGAGACCAAGGACUUAUGGAGGAGGUCAACCACACACACACAGCACCUCCUUCUUUGUGAAUAUUUACCUUCCGACACCCCACUAUCUACUGCCCCAUGAUGCUUCACUCUUCCCUGACACCUGACACCUGACUACCACCCCUUGCUUGUAUUGCCUCCUAUUAAUACCCCAUCCUAAUUCUAUCUGCCCCAGCUGUCAGUCACUUUGUAUGCACUCUGCUGGAGAGCUUCUGAUAGAGACCUCACCACAGCAGAAUAAACUGAGCAGACAGCCAGACAAACAGCCAGACAGACAAGUUAAAGGAUGGCUCAGUGUGUGUAACUCAAUCUCUCAGCGGAAAUACAACUGGCUCGUAACUGGAAUAUCAGAAUGGAAACAGACAUACACACACUUACAACCCAUGAUGACAAUGAAUUUGAUGAUGAUAUGGAUGACAAAUCGUGAGAUGGACAAAAACAAUGGGAUCAAGACAGAAUACACAUAACUCCAAAUGCAGAUUGAUCCACGUAGAUAUAAUCACAUUUCACGUGUUUUAUAUGCAAAGAUAACAUAAUGUAGAUGUGUGCUUUGUGGUAGAGCUAGGCUUUGAUAUACUUCUUAGCAUUUUGGUCCAAACAACUAGAGAUUGGAGAAGGCACUAUACUGUCAUUCCAGUGUAUAUAGAGUACUCACAAUGAGGGUAGAUUCUGAAGCAGAAAGAGUGUACAGGAUCAAUACAAUGGAUCUAUUGUGAUUUUGUUUUACAAAAUGGCUGACAAGGUAGGGCAAGUGGAAGAUAUUCUACAUAUAUGUUCAUGGGGUGACAAGAAAUAUGUUUUGUGUUUUAUUUAGUCUUUUAUUUAAAUGAUCUGUGUGUAUUUUCUGAUUGUAAUGACUUGUGUUGUGUGCUGACACAAUUCCAUGUGGGAGUUGAGAUGGUACUAGUGACAGACUGCACAACAUCAAUGUGUAGAUGGGAUUGCAAGGCCUUGUGAAAGAAUAGUAGACUUUAAAUACGACAUCCCAUCUUUGGGCUAAAAGCAUGAUAUUUAUGUGUGAAAACAUCUUGAUUCUUAUUCUAAAUGGUACCUACUUUGUUCUUUGUUCUGUGUGUCUGUGUGUCUGUGUGUCUGUGUGCAUGUGUGUGUGCGUGUGUGCGUGCGCAUAUUGGCAAGAGAGCUGAAGAGUGUUUCUGGUCAAUUCCCUGCUAUGUAAUAUGUCCAUUAUAUCAUAAACACAUACAGACAAAUAUCACCACUGAGGUGCCAAAAAUUGCAAAAAAUGACCGUUUUGUCUGAAUUCAAGGACAAUAAUCAGGUACAAUAAAACAAAAUCAUAAAAUACAGACAUUAUAAGAACUUCCCUCCUUUCUGCUUUUUCUGUAGGCCCGUCUCUGUGUGUCAAUUACACAGGAUACCUUUGCUGCCUUGUGUUCAGCAAAACCCGUUUGUCCUCUGUGAAAUGGUGUGAGUAGAGCGCAACCUAGUGAUUUUUCCGUGUAUAGACCUGGCCUGGUCCAAGGACUUUCUGUGGUACGAUUCAAUAUACUUACAUAUAGUCUGUUGUAAAAGACAAGUGGAUUUGUAAAAUAAAACACGCUUUUACUUUUUCCCUUAUCCCAGUGGAAUCUACGAGAGCGUUUAGAUGUAUUAAAUCCUGUCUGUUAUUUAUACCUGCUUUAUAAAGAUGUCCAAUUUGUAAGUCGCUCUGGAUAAGAGCGUCUGCUAAAUGACUUAAAUGUAAAUGUAAAAUGUAAUUAUUAACUCUUGAAUGACUGAGGAAAAUAAGUUAAGUGGACUGUAGUUUUGUGCUCUUUAAUUGCAUGACCAAGGUUAGUGGCUACAUAUGGACAAUGGAGACUUUGGCUGCCUCCCUAAAUGGCACCCUAUUCCCUAAAGUGCACUGCUUUUGACCAAGGCCUACAGGGUUCUGGUCAAAAGCAGUGCACUAUGUAGGGAAUAGGGUGCCAUUUGGGACGUACUCUUUGAGGUAGCCCAAAGGUCUGCAGAUGGCGAUAUUGAGUCGUUUCAUCUUACCGUCCAAAUGGAAUGUAUGCAGUCGGCUGUAAACUCGUGUCCCACGUUGACCUGUUUGUACAUAAAACAUUCUCCAUUCAGGCUACAAAUGUAUACAUUUCAUCCUUAACUUGAUUUAAUGGCGAGAAAGCAGAUAAAAAUGGGGAAAAUAUGCAUACUUUAUGAAACGCCAUUUCCCACCACCAUGCUACAGUAGCUAAUGCUAGUCCUGGAUGAUGCAUAUCGUGUUCAGCCAAUCAGGUUGCAGCAGUCAGUUUUUUCACCCCUGGUCUGAUAGUUUCAAAAUAAACGACUGCUGCAACCUGAUUGGCUGAAUGCAAUACGCAACAUCCAAAUAUAAUAAAAUCAAAUUGUAUUGGUCACAUAAACAUAUUUAGCAGAUGUUAUUGUGGGUGUAGCUAAAUGCUUGUGUUUCUAGCUCCAACAGUGCAGUAGUAUCUCACAAUUCACAACAAUACACACAAAUCUAAAAGGAAAAUAAUGGAAUUAAGAAAUAUAUAAAUAUUGGUACUAAUAUUUAGCUACUCUACCAUGAUGGUGGAAAAUAGUGUUUCAUAGUGAAAGUACGCAUAUUUUCCCAGUUUCUUCUCUCUAUCUUCUCGCAAUUAAAUUGGGUUAAUGAGAAAAUUGACGCCUUAGCAGCCUGAAUGGAAAAUGUUUUAUGUACGAUCCGGUCCAGGGGGAUGGGAGUGUAUAGCUGGCUGCAUACAUUCCCUUUAGAUGGUAAGAUGAAACGACUCAAUAUCGCCAUGUGCCGGCCUUUUGGCUACUUCUGAGAAGUGCGACUGAGCUGAGAAAGCACAAUGUCAAUAUGGUUAUGCUAUGUAUUUAUGUGCGCAGAUAAGCUAAUAUGAUGUGGUGGAUUUUUUUGUUUUCUUGUAGAGACUAAGGGCUCUAUUCAAUCUGUAUUGCUGAAGCGAUAGAGUUUGCACACUAGAAAUGUUAAGGCAGUUUCCGAUUGAGCUGCCUUUAAAUUUCAAUCACUCUGUAACGCUAAACUUCUGUGAUAUGGAUUGAAUAGAGUACUUAUAUUUGUACCAUAGGCCUACACAUUCUCCCUAAAAAACCAUAAUUAAAAAAUCUUUCUGUAAAUAUUGAUCCGGUUGUCCAAUUAGCCUCAUUGUUCUUUACACUGCCCUCCAAUCGCUGAUCCUUUCUAUUCCUUGCUAUGUUACGCACCCCAACAUUAUUUCUGAGAGAGAAAGAGUGUGUGUGUGUCUGUGUGCGUGCGUGCGUGCAUGAGUGUUUUGUGUAUGUUUGGGGGAAAGGAGAGCUGAUAUUGGUUAAGGAGGAGAGGUGGUCUGUGAAGACAGUUCAAAGUUCAAGGCCAAAGUUGACAUGGUGCACUGUAUUACUUCCAAAGUUCUUUGUGGAUUGUUAUGUCAGAUUGUUUUUAACACAAUAAAAUACCCAGUUACUUUA